AUGCAGAGCAUCCUGGCGUCGGCAGCCGCUGCAGGAGGCAGCAGGCGUGCUGGUAGGGCCAAGGUGCUGGCCCCGCAGCAGGCGCUGGCUUCCACGGGCCCUUAUGGCUCCCACCCAGUCGCGCCAGAACUGCAGAAAGUAAUGAGGCUGCCGGGAGGCCUGGCACUGACCCGGACCAACAUCCUGGUCCUCACUAUCGGUGCUGCUGCCACGGUGUGGGCCUACGACCUGCUGUUUGGGGAGCAUGUGGCGCAACAGACGGUGGAGGAGCUGAAGCGGCGCGGGGAGGAGCCGCCGCGCCCCCAAUUCGGGCCACAAAUCCAGGACUGCGAUUGCGCCAUGUUUGCCAACUCCUACUCCUUGCUUGCGGGGAACGCCGCCAAGGGCCCUCAGACGGCCAAGGAUGCGGGCCAGGCGCUCGAGUCAUCGGCCGUGGCAGCGGGGGCGGGCGAGUGGGGGUCCCUGGCGCUGCAGUGGACCGACCAGGUGCUGCACGGGGAUGCGCUGUACACCGAUGGCAGUCAACUGGUUGACUUCAAGCAGGUGCUGCUCAAGUGCCGGGCGCUGGAGCUGCUGGUGGAGGGGUGCCUGGAGCGCGGCUCGGCGGCAGCCGACGCCCCCGCCCUGGCGCAUCUGCUGGCGGCGGUGGCUCACCCCUCCACGCCCGCGGCCGUCACCCAGGCCCUAGCGCAGGCGGUGGCCGCCCUGGGCCAGGUGUGCGGCACCGACCGGCUGGCCCCCACGCCGGCCGCCAAGCGCGCCGCUGCCGCGGCCCUGGGCCUGGUGCGGCGCGGCGUGCUCAAGCCGCCGCCUGCCAAGCCCGCGGAGGCCCCCGCGGCCAAGCUGAAGCGGCUGGGCGGCGAGCUGGUCAGGCAGGAGGCGCGCCUCGCGGGCACCACCCAGCCCAAGGAGCUGUGCAAGGCGUACGGAGCGGUGCUGGAGCUGCUGUGCGGGCAGCUGGACGUGCUGGGCCCCGUGGGGGGCGCCGGCGCGCCGCCGCAGGCGCCCGAGGUCGCGGCCGCGCUGCAACCGCUGGAGGAGCUGCGUGCCGCGCUGGCCACCCGCCUGCAGGAGGUGCAAGCGCCGCCCAAGCCUCAGCUCAGCGUGGCGGAGCAGCUGGCGGAGGCGGAGGCGAGCCACAGGCGGGACGAUGCAGCCCUGGUGGGGCGGCUGUCGGAGGUGGAGGGGCGCAUCGCACUGCUGGAGGUGGAGCUUGCGGGGCUCAAGGGAGAGGCCGGGGAGCUGCGCUCGCGGCGCGCCUCCGCCGCCCAGCACCACCACCACCGCCUGGAUGCCAUCCGCAGCGGCAAGCCGGCCAGCGGCGCGUCGGCGGCGGAGGUGGCGGCCGCGGUGCAGGGCGGCCUGGCGGCGCUGGAGGGGCUGGCCGGCGCCGUGCGCGGCGGCGGCGGCGAGCCCACCGCCGCGGGCGACGGCGGCGCGGCCGCAGACGCCGCCGCGCUGAGUCAGCAGGUGGUGGCGGCGGAGGUGCCUGUGAAGCUUCUGGGCGCGAUGCAGCAGGUGGUGGAGCUCAACCUGGCUCAGCUGCACGAGCUGGGCGCCAAGGCGCGCUUCUUCCGGGAGCGGCUAGACAAGGCCGUCAAGCAGGGCGAGCAGGCGGCCAGGCUGGGGCUGGGAGACCCCAAGACCUUCAAGCAGCAGCGAUCCACCGCCGAGAACAAUGUCAAGGAGGUGAUGGCAGCGGCAGAGGGCGCGGCCGCGGCGGCCCGCGCCGCCGCCGCCGCCUACCGCGAGCGGCUGCCCGCCAUGCUGCGCCUGCCCACCUUCCUGCCGCCGCCGCCAGAGUACCUGGCGGCCGUGGAGGCCAAGGCGGCAGAGGCGGAGGCGGUCCUGAGCAGCAUCAGGGCUGGCACCUACGCGCCGCCGCAGCCCGCACCCGCAGCGCCCGGCCCCGCGCCCUCUCCCGGCGCCGCGCCGGCGGCGCCGGCCGUCACCACCCCGGCGGGCGUGGCGGCGGCCGCCCCGCAGCGGCCGUCGUCGGCUGGGGCCAGGGGGGUGGCCGGAGGGGAGAUCGCAGCCAUGAUCUCCUCCACCACCCUCGAAGUCCCCUCCCCGCUGGCAGGCCGCACCUCCAUGCCCCCCGCCAUGCUCUCCUCCCCCACCAGCAACAAGCCGGUGGGGCCCGCGGCCCCCAUCGCGCCCGCGGCGCCGCCGCCGGCCGCUGCCGCGACGCCGGCGCCUGGCCCCGCGGCGCCGCCCGCCGCGUCGGCGCUGAGCGACGCCACGGCGGCGCCCGCUGCGCCGCCCAUGAUCACUUUCAGCCAGGCACUGCUGCAGCAGCCGGCGCAGGCGAAUGGCAGGCCCAAGGCGGCCCGCCCCCGCCGCGCCUGA